AUGACGCCUGGAGAACUAGCCCUUGCCGCUGGAAACUACACCCCCGUCACCCACUUCAUCUUGCUGGGAUUCUCCAAUGACCCAGAUCUCCAGAAGCUUCUUUUCGGAGGCUUCCUGCUCAUCUACGCCAUGACCGUGGUGGGCAACCUGGGGAUGAUGGCGCUCGUCCUCACGGACUCCCACCUCCACAGUCCCAUGUACUUCUUUCUCAGCAUCCUCUCUUUCCUCGAUGUCUGUUACUCCUCGGUGGUCACACCCAAGCUGCUGGUCAACCUCCUGGCCUCUGACAGGUCCAUCUCCUUCAAGGGCUGCAUGGUCCAGAUGACCUUCUUUGUGAUGCACGCCACAGCUGAGAGCUUCCUGCUGGCUUCCAUGGCCUACGACCGCUGCACGGCCAUCUGCCGACCUCUCCACUAUGGCUCUGUCAUGACCAGGGGCACCUGUCUCCAGCUGGUGGCUGCUUCCUAUGCUUUCGGUGGAGCUAAUUCUGCUAUUGAGACUGGGAAUGUCUUUGCCCGGCCUUUCUGUGGGCCCAACCAGGUACCACACUACUUCUGUGAUGUCAUACCCCUUCUCCGCCUGGCCUGUGCAAACACAGCCGUGGCAGGAGUGAUCCUCUAUGUCUUCUCUGCCCUGGUUCUCCUUCUGCCUGUUUCCCUCAUCCUCACCUCCUACAGCCUGGUCUUGCUGGCCAUUGGGAGGAUGCACUCAGCAGCUGGGAAGGAGAAGACCCUCUCCACGUGUGCCUCGCACUUCCUGGCCAUUGCCAUCUUCUACAGCACUGUGAUUUUCACCUACGUCCAGCCCCAUGGAUCCACCGAUGAUACCAGCGGCCAGGUAGUGUCUGUCUGUUACACCAUCAUAACCCCCAUGCUCAACCCCUUCAUCUACAGCCUCCGCAACAAGGAGGUGAAGGAGGCCCUGCAGAGGAAGCUCCUGCUAAACCCCGCGAGGCUGUUUGUUGGCAAGAGGAAGGCAUAG